AUGGCCCAAUACGCAAGCCAACAACCCUCUAACUUUAAGAAUCGCAUUGAGAAUAUCGCAAUCGUUGGUGCAGGCGGACAAGUCGGCAAAUUCAUAGUCGACAAGCUCCUCGAGAAAGGCAGCUUCAAAAUCACAGCCAUUUCCCGCGAAGGCAGCACCAAUACUCCCGCUCCUGGCGUCCAUGUCAAGACCGUAAAUUACGACAACCCAUCUACCAUCGUCACGGCCCUCAAAGGCCAAGAUGCUCUUAUCAUUACCAUGGCAGUGACCGCCCCUCCUCAACAAUCCGCCGUGAUCAUCAAGGCAGCCGCAGAAGCGGGAGUUCCCUGGGUUCUCCCAAACGAAUUCGGCACCGACGGAGCGAAUGAACAAGUGCGCAGCGAUACUAUGAUCGGUAUUGCCAAGAAGAAUGACCGUGAUCUCAUCGAGCAACUUGGCGUAAGUUCGUGGGUUGGUAUCGCGUGCUCCUUCUGGUAUGAAUACUCUCUGUCUACUCCAGGAUUCUACGGCAUCAAUAUUGCGACAAAGGAAGUCAAUUACUUCGGGGACGGCAAUCAGCGCAUCAACACGAGCACCUGGCCUCAAACCGGCCGUGCCGUCGCAGAAGUCCUCAGCUUACCCAUUCUUCCAAAGGAUGAAAACGACAAGAGCGUCACGCUCUCCAGUUACCGCAAUGAAUUCGUCUACGUCUCUUCCUUCGCUCUCACCCAACGAGAGAUGUUUGAAGCAAUCAAGCGCGCCACUGGAACUUCAGAUUCCGACUGGAAGAUUUCCUCUACGCCUGUGAAAGAGCUUUUCGAAUCGAGCAAAGCGAAGGUCAUGGCAGGCGACCGCACAGCUUUCGGUUUGAUGCUGUACUCGCGUAUGUUCUUCCCAGAUGAGCCGGGGCACUUUGAGGCAACCCACGGGCUGGAUAACGACAAGCUCGGGUUGCCGAAGGAGGAUUUGGAUGAGUUCACGAAGGAGGCGGUCAAGCUAUCGGAUGAGGGGUAUUUUUUAACCCUUAUGGCUAGGUUUCGAGGCGGGGGCAAUUAA